CGCUACAAAGUGGCAAGCAAAGAAAAUUCCAGCGCGCUCUCGGUCUGUGGUCAACAUCUAAACCAGACAUGUCACGGAAGUGCAAUCCAUAUGCUUAUCCCAGAUAUGAAAAUGAUAUGUCCUUCAUGGGACUAAAGGAAACGCAGAAACUUCCCUAUGACACGCCAACUCACCUCGCUCAAAACGAGAAGCCCUGGGCCCGUCUGUACGAUUCAGCAACUCUUUCCAGUGUCAGACGAAAGGUGCACCACCACGACCAAGAGGCCUCACGAGACAGUCUGGACUUCCAUCUCAAAUCUACCUAUGACCAUCAUCAAGACUUCCUAUGCCACAGGAAUGAAACCCUUUUCCAGAAGGAGACAUACUCUGAUGACCACGGGAGGAUCCUGAAGAACAGAGAGAGGCCUGAGCCCCCCCAGUGUGGUGUGCAGAACGACAUACGUGUAUGGGUCAACCCACAGAAAGCUUCCAUCUACAGUGUACAAGGAACCAUCGAAUCUCAUCACAAUGCCUCCACCAAUCGUGGCUACUCCAGGAAGCAUGAUGGAGGAUUCUACUCAACCUAAUGGCCGUGUGUGGAGUGCAUGACUUUACAAAUGAAGCUCACUUCUUUGACCUUUUCCUGCCAAAUAAAAAGCACACAACACA